AUGUCGGUAGUCACUGGAGGGGAGAAGUCGGUAAUCACUCAAGAGAAUAAUUUGCCUGUCGCCAUUAAAGAGGACAGGAAAAGAAAAACAUCGGCAGUUACUCAAGAUCAGGAGAAGAAGAACGGAAAAAUGUCAAAAACCACUCAAGAGGAGAAAAAGCCCGUCGAGGAGUCACCUUACAUUGUCAUUCAUGUGACGGCACAGGAUGGAGGUAAAUUAUUUUUCAAACUUCAGGUAACUACACCUUUGCAGAAACUUAUGAAGGUUUACUGCGACAAAAAAUUUAUGAAUAUGGAACAAAUUGUAUUCUUGUUUGAUAGCAAGAGAAUCAGAAGCAAACAAACUCCAAAAGAGCUAGAGAUGAUGGAUGGGGAUGAAAUUAAUGCUAUGCUGCAUAUGAACGGUGGAGGUUUCGCUUAG